AGCUCUAACAAGGGUGGAAUGAUGUCCUCUGUGAUGAAGUGGCUGAUUGUGAUCCAGCUCCUGCUGAGUGAACAGGCUCUGUGCAGGGUCCCACCUCCUCUGGCACUGAGGAAUACUCUGCUUUCAGGAGCUGACUUCCAUGAAGAGGUAGAGGAGAAAGCCAAACUGGAUCAUCAGUCUCACUUAGGAUCCCAACUCCAGCUUGGUCCCCCAUCGCCACAAAAACCUGGUCUUGUAUCAGUGGUUGUGCAAAAGGAGGAGAGAUCUGCCAAACAUAUAAUAUCAGUCCUCAGCGCGAAGCUUCGGGGGCAGAUUCAAGAUCAUCUCCGCAUUCAGGGGAAUGUCAGCUGUGAGGAGCUGCUGUCUGCCAGCACCGUGGAUGACCCAUCGUCCUCUAUGUUCCCUCAGGAGCUGUUGGGUCUCUCUUUAGUGCCUGUGUUGGUGGUGGCAGGCUGCCCACAGGAGGCACAGACCCUGGUGCUCAGGCUGUACGACCUGCUGGGAAUGGUGGAUACAGAGGAGCUCCUGAUGGAGGUGGAGGGUCUGAUAGAGAGGAGGAUGAGCAAGUCCGCAUCUACGCCAGCACCAGGUAGGGAUCAAGCAGGGCGCCACAUAGAGGCUGUGAUGUUUAACAUCCAGCAGCUCGCCACUGUGAGAGAAGGUACAUCUAAACAGGAAGAGCACUGUGAGGGUUGGACAAGGGUGAAUGGAACCACACUGGUAGGAAAAGCUGUGGAAGGAGCCACAGGCAAUUUAGAGGAGGCUGCGAGCACCUGUGAGAGACUGGGAGUCCUGUGUGCUGGUGUGACCAGCAGUGGACCUGGGAGGUACCAGGCAGUAUUUAAAAAAGGCAGUCGAAUCAUGCCCUCUGAAUCCACAGAGUCUGAAUGUUGGAUCCGCCAGUGCAGCGCAGAGGAGGAUGUUUCGAUCCCCGCUGCACCAGGUGGACGGAUGAAGCGAAGCCCCCAGAGGAGCUGUAUCAACAAAAGCGAGGAGCGCGUGUACAACGUGGUGGAAUGGAUCCCUGCGGUCAGCACCCUCUACAACCUUGGCACAGCUGUGUAUUACGCCUCAGUCAACUGCUCUGAAACAGCCAAGGAGAGAGCCAUCCUGAGUGCUGUUGACCUCGGCACAGACGCUCUCAUGGUCGCCACAGGGGGGACUGUCGGGGUGGCAGGCUACGCCCUGGGUGCAGGGGUGAAGACCGGUGUGAAAGCUGGCGUCAGGUAUCUGCUCAACUCCAUGAAGCAUGAAGACGACGUGCUGGUGAACCAGUUCAGCUGGGAGGAGGGCGUCAUAACUGUCCAGUAGACUGAAGGAUCAAUAAAUCAACCUGUGAAGCUUUAGCAAUAAAUAUCGUUAGUUUAUACAUUUAAAAGAAAAAACAAUGACACAGGAUCAGUGAUUGUUAACUGAGAUGGUUUUGGAGCAAUUUGGUUUACCAGACUUUAAAUGAUCUAGCGUAUUUGGAAACAAGAUUACACAUCAUUUGUAUUACUCAGUGGAUUAUCAGUCAUAUUUCAAAAACUUUAAAAACUACACAAACUUUAUUUUACGCAAUUUGACACAAUAAUUAUUCGUUAUUGUAGAUGAUGUCAAUUUCAAGUCUUUAAAGUAUAUUUUUUGAGAUACACUAAUUUAGUUAGAGUAAAAUGUUAAUUACCUUACACAUUUAUUGUAAACAGUCUUAGUAAUAUAUAAAGAUAGUCAUCAAGUAAGCCUUUUUGCUAUUUAGAAAAAUACCUCGCUUGUGUAUCAUGGAUAAAAUAGUUGAACCAUUUAUCAUAUGAAGCAGCAGCUUUUAAAGAACUGGUCUCAGGAAAUUAAACCUUCAAUUCCUCAAGACUUUGAUUUUGCCCUACACCCAGUGUCUUUUCUUCUGUUCACCGUCCUUCAACACUCUUUUCUUCCCUCUCAUCAAAACAUUUUGUCAGGUCAGAGUCAUAUUCUCACCUAUGGUGUUAUUGCAGGGACAAUAGGCAGAUAACAAAAUGUUGUUGUUUUAAAUGUUUUUGUCAUUAAAUGUCAAUAAAUUGUAUAUUAAA